AUGCAAACAAGAGCCGGCAAGCGUAAGCGUGUCGAGAUUGAGCUCGAAGAAGGAGAUACUUCCAAAUACUUCAAGAAAGAAACUAGUGAGAUAUCUAUACCAAACUUGAAGAAAACAUGUCCAUCAGACAUACAAGGUAUCGACGUUGAAAUGGUCAAAAAAAUGGGUCCCGAUACGUACUAUGAUUGGGUGGAUGCCAGAACGAAGGACGAAAUUACCUACAAACCGAUCGCUGACAGAUCUGAAUUCCCUCGAAAUUUUCUACCCAUAUAUCAAAAGGUGAGAUUGAUGCGCUCCAAAAUUGCUACACCUGUUGACUCAGUAGGGUGCGCCAUGAUUCCUCUUACUGUUGGCAAAGAGUUUGGAGAGUCAAAAGAAAAGAUGUUGCCACGCACGUACCGUUUUCAGCUGCUCCUCGCAUUAAUGCUGUCUUCUCAGACCAAAGACGAGGUCAAUGCUAGAGCCAUGUUCAAUCUCAAGGAAUAUUGCAGAGAUGACCUUCAAGAUCCGGAAGGUGUCACUCUAGAAUCCAUUUCCCGCAUAGACCAGGAAAUACUGGCACAACUCAUAUAUCCUGUGAGUUUUUACACGAGAAAGGCUCUCUACAUCAAGAAAGCUGUGAAGCUUUUAAAGGACAAUUUCGAUGGUGAUAUGCCCCCGGAUAUCGUGGGACUAUGCUCUUUACCCGGUGUAGGUCCCAAAAUGGGCUACUUGGCACUCCAGAAAGGAUGGGGCAAAGUUGAUGGGAUCGGUGUCGACGUUCACGUCGAUAGGCUCUGUAAAAUGUGGAAGUGGGUGGAUCCUCAGAAGGCAAAAACUCCCGAUCAUACUCGCAAAUUAUUGGAAGAAUGGCUACCCUACGAUUUGUGGUAUGAAAUAAAUCCUGUUUUGGUUGGGUUCGGUCAGGUCAUUUGUUUGCCCAGGGGGAAAAGAUGUGACCUAUGCAUGGCGAACGACGUCUGCAACGCAGCAGAUCGCAAAAUUGUCAAUUCUGCAAAGAAUCGUAACGAGCUGCGAAAGAGUCGGGGGAACGUUUCCAAAUGGAUCGAAUAUUUAGAGGAAACUACCGGCGCUCAAGAAACUGUAGAAAAAGAUGGUGAAGUAAAAGUGAUCUUGGAACAGAGCGAAACCGAUGUGAAAAGGUGA